CAUUGUUUAGUAUUUCGUCGGAAUAGCAGUGCCAGAAACCAUUUAUACUUUUAAUACUUUUAGACUUUAAUAGUUAUUUUUUUUUUGACAUAAUGAAGGAUCUAGAUCUAACACUGGACUAUAUGGAAAAUGCACGGUUCAACUAUAUCUACGCAGGUGCACUCGCUAAUAUAGAAUCGCCGUUCACCCAUACUGAGGUUCUGUGCCUCACAAUGGUGUAUCAUAAGUUUGUACUCAUGAAUGGACCAAAAGCGAAGUAUAUGUCACUCGGACAAGUGGGAACUAUAUUAAUGAAGAUGUUUCUAUUGAGCGAUAUAGAAAUUAAUCGCAGAGUGGUGACUUUUGUCAGCUUCAAUCAGGAAUGCGCGGAUCCAAAGUUCUCACCAGAUCGACAUUGUACACUGCCAUCGUUUGUGAAGCUGUUUCACAUCUACUUUUCAAAUGAUCUCGAAGAGCGCAUGUUAUUCGUCUUUAACGUAUACGAUGGGGACCAUCUGGGCUACUUGAAUCGCGAGCAUGUGAUGCGUUUCAUAGAAAAGUUCUUCGUCGGGGAAGAUGAGGAUGAGCAGAUUGAAAUGCGCAUGGACAUGUUGGAGUUAAUCUUUAUGAAAUUCGAUCUCGAUAAGGAUCUGGUGAUAACGUUUGAAGAAUACGCCGAAGUAAUACGCCAGCAGCCAGAGCUCUUGGAAUUCCUGGGCGUUGUCUUUCCAUCCAAAGUCCAAUUAAAUACAGUUGCCUUGUGCGUCAAUUUACUCUGAAAUGUACAAGACAAUAUUUGAUCAAACUAAUUACAAUUAAAAAUGCA